GAUAGUCAUCACAAUCAGGUCCGUAAAUGUUCUCAUUGUGUCUAUUUCUAAGAGUCCAGUCAAACAUAGUGUCUAAUGCGCACAUUACGCAUAACGCUCUAUGCGUAAUUACGCACCAAAAUGGGAAUCACUGCUGGAGACCAUUGUUGGCUCGGUGUUCUCCUCACAACUUUCCCAUAAUGCAAAGAUGCUGGUGGCAGUAUUUUAAUGGCCAUCAACUCUCCCUUUCUAGAGGAACAGACCAGCAGAGGGAAACAGAUGCAUAAACAUUUCGGGGCAUCUUUCUCCUCGGCAGCAACAGACUCCUCCUAUUCCCCACGUCCAAUUAGUUAUUAUGGUCCGGCCCUUUAAGACGCAGCAGCGGGUCAGCAAGUAGUGUAGUGUUUCUCUAAUUGAACUUCGCCCAAUCAACAAUAACUCGUUAGCAGUCGCUUUCUUUUUCUUGCUGCUUGAGACAGCUUUUUUUCCCCUUGCAGGGAUUCACCCCCCUCCAGUCUGUUACUUCCUAAAGAUCUACAUGGAGCUUGGCAGAGGACCUGCGAAUCUCUGAGGGGAAUACAGUCCGGCUGCCUUUGCAACUACGCCCGAAGCAUGGUUAUUUUGGAGGAAAGCUCUCAGGCGAACUAAGUUGCGACAUUCGGCUUUAAAGUGUCAAAAAAUAGAGGAGGACUCCGAAGGCGCCGAGCACCAGAGGAAACACUUGUGGACGCUUUAAACGACCAUUUGAAUGAAAUAAUCAACUUUCGUGGAAGCAGCGAUUCUUCGGGACUGCGAUGACCUCCAGUAAAGACAUGAAGGCAGGUUCUGUGUUGCAGUCCGGCGGCGAGGAGAGGAGACGGGCUCCCUUGGACCAGCUGCCGCCGCCGGCCAACUCCAACAAGCCUUUAACGCCGUUCAGCAUUGAGGAUAUCCUUAACAAACCCUCGGUGAAGAAGACGGUGGCCAGUAUCUGUCCGCCGAGAGUGCUGGAGAAAGUCACGGGCUCUAACUCGGCGAGGAACGGGAUCACCACUCCCUCCUCGCCGCUGUGCGCGCUGGAGGAGUUGGCCAGCAAAACGUUUAAGGGUCUGGAAGUCAGCGUUAUCCAGGCAGCGGAAGGUCGCGAGCAUCUAAACGCCUUCGGACAGAGACAGACGUCGAAAAAGAGGAGAAAGUCGCGGACGGCCUUCACGAAUCACCAGAUCUACGAGCUGGAGAAGAGGUUUCUGUACCAGAAGUACCUUUCUCCGGCCGACCGAGACCAGAUCGCGCAGCAGCUGGGGCUCUCCAACGCGCAGGUCAUCACCUGGUUCCAGAACCGCAGGGCCAAACUCAAGCGGGACCUGGAGGAGAUGAAAGCGGACGUGGAGUCGCUAAAGAAAAUCACCCCACAGACCCUGCAGAAGCUCGUCAGCAUGGAAAACAUUGACGAUGCCCAGGGUGGGGGGCCCGAGGCCAGAUCGCCCAGUGUCUCCCCGACCUCGCAAGGACACCGGGCCUUCCCACAGUCCCCCUCCUCAUCCAGAGACCAAACCACGGAUGAGUUCUCGGAGGACGACGAGGAAAUCGAGGUGGACGAUUGACAGUCAGGGGGCCUGUGAUUUUCAUAAGCAACAACAAAAAAAGAAUAUUAAAAAAAAGGGGGCAUUUUUUCUUCCCAAACUUUUGCACGGAUAUUGACAAAAAGGAGAAUAUACACAUAUAUAAACAUUUCAGGAAAGUUUUUUUUCUCCUCCUCCUCCUUUUGUUUUUUUCUCCUUCAUUUUAAUUUAUUAAUCGGACUGUUAAAACCUUCCAGGUCUGUCUUUAAGUCUCACCACAAUAUCUGAGGAAUAUCCUUCCAGACAGAACUACCUAACUGUUAUGGUACAGGAAGACUGAAAAUUGUGUAAACAUUUUAAUAUCUCACCUUCUUUUUUUUUUGAGGGGUGUGUGUGGAAAGUUGUGCAAUUAUUAUUAUUAUUAUUUUUAUUUUUUUUGUUUGCAAUUUAUUCGCAUUCUUCUGUUUAAGGAAUCGGAUCUGCCAAAUAUUUAAAUUAACCCCCUCCACCCCUUUGUUUUUUUUUUUCCAUGCACAGUCCAUCCCACCUUAAGUUGUAAUACUUUUUUUUUUUUGUCCUGAGCGAAACGUGUUUCUGCAAAGCAUGCAGGCCUGUUCGCAGCGCAGAGGAGGCAUCACUAUUAGUACCGACUGCAAAACUUUCACACGCUCUGAGUUCUGUAUAUAGAUCAAACAUCCUAUGCGAUAAUUUUAUUGUAACAUUCUAUUUAAUCAGCAUCUAUGUAAAUAAAGGUUAUAUGAUAUUUCAAGAAGCUUCCUGCGCGGUUGGAUUUGUGAUGGUUCAUAAAGUUAUUAGAAGGAUUUGGAAAAUUAUAAAAAUCUGAGGGAUGACGCAGAAAUGUGUCCUUAUAGGAAUAUUAUGAUUAGACCAUAAGAAAUGGGAUUUUAAAGGGAUGUUAAUAUAUUUUAAAGUAAAAAGACAAAUCAAAACAAAACAUAGAAAGCCACAUGUGCUCUUAAAUCCCUAAAGGAAUAUUAGAAGAGGUGUAAGGUGACCACGGGCGCUCUAUGGGAAUGCUGGAUGAUUAAAAAGUCACAUUAAUGUUCUAUAGGAUUAUUAUAAGAAUAUAAUAAGAUAUAGAUUUGUCGUUAGAGAUUAAGGAAAUACAUGAAAUGUUCACCCUAAAAAUCUGCCCUGCUUGGUAAAAAUGGGCGCUUGUGAAUAAUUGACCUCUGCUUUCAGCCCUAAAGUGCCAUGACUUCAAUUAGCAGCCGUCCACCGCCUUUAUUCCCAUUCUUUCGCCCGGCUUUGAAUAUAUCUUGUCACAAGAAGGUCCCGGUCUGGCUGCGGUGUUAAGAGCAGCUUUGCCUCCGCCCCUGCGCCAUAUGUUUUCUUGCUCCUUUUUUUUCUUCUAUGAAUCGUCUUUAACACAACUAGUCGACAUGAUUGAUUAGGUUAACCCGCCUUUGCCUUAACAUAAAA